CAGUGUACUACUUUGGCGUGGCCCGGCAAGUACAACGCCAUGGUGCUCGAGCUGCUCGGCCCUUCGCUCGAAGACUUGUUGACAUGUGCGCGCGCAAGUUUACCCUCAAGACGGUCAUCAUGAUUGCCAUCCAGCUCAUCACCCAAAUGGAGAUUGUGCACUCCAAGCACCUCAUCUACCGCGACGUCAAGCCCGAGAACUUUUUGAUUGGCCUCGAGGAGAAGGGCACGCAAAACCAAAUUAACAUGAUUGACUUUGGCCUCGCCAAAGAGUAUAUCGACCCGGAGACGGGCGAGCACAUUCCGUACAGGGAGCACAAGUCCCUCACGGGCACCGCGCGCUACAUGAGCAUCAACACACAUCUCGGCAAGGAGCAGAGCAGACGCGACGAUCUCGAGGCCCUCGGCCACAUGUUUAUGUACUUUUUGCGCGGCACCCUGCCCUGGCAAGGCCUCAAGGCCGAGACGCUCAAGGAGCGCUACCAAAAGAUUGGCGACACCAAGAUUGCCACACCGAUCGAGGUGCUCUGCAAGGGCUUCCCCGACGAGUUUGCCGAAUACCUGCGGUACGCCCGCGGCCUCGGCUUCAACCAGACGCCCGACUAUGAGUAUCUGCGUAAAAUGUUCAAGGCGCUCUACAAGCGCAUGGGCUUCCCCAACGACAAGAAGUUUGACUGGUCGGAUUUGAAGAUUGCCUCCGUCUCGGCCCAGUCCUCGUCGGGCUCCAUCCGCCCUGGCACCACGGCUGCUCACCCCACCGCCCCAGCUGCGGUUGCACCGGCCACGGCCACCACUGCCUCCAUCCCCGCUGCCAGCGCGGCACAGUUGGCCACUUCUCCAUCGGCCACGGCCAGCACUCCCCAGGCUGCGCGUGCCGACACCAAAGACCAACCUACGCUUGAGACCAUCCACACCAAGGCCGUCGACAAUGAUGACGCGCCAGCGGGAUGCUGCUUCUGUUUUGGCCGCAAGAAGAAGAGCCAACGUCGCGGCAAGAAUGCUGUUGCAUAGAUGCAGCAUUGUCGUCAAGAAAAAAAAAACCCAGAAAAAAAAAAAAAAACACGACACAACGUCGUCCAAGUUGACUUUUUUUUUUCUUUCAAGACACCCCUAAUUCUUUCUUUCUUUUUCUCUGCCUCUCUCUCUCUCUUUUCGGGGUUAAGCAUGCUUGUGUCUUGUACACGUAAUGGGGUCUGUUGGUUCCUUUGUUGCAUUUUUUUUGUCCCGCCGCUUGCUGGUUCAAGUUCUUUGUUGCCCCCCCCCUUUCCACCCUGCCCCGUCUCCCUUCCGCAAUGUCUCCUGGAUUGCCUUUCGUGGUCGUUCGUUUCGUCUUCUUGGGGUUUUCUUCAACUCUAGUUUUGUUUCAUGUUAACGCUUCUGUUCUCUCUUGUGCACUUUUUUUUUGCUCAAAUCCCUUCUACGGUGUGUCUCUCCUUCUGUGAUUAUGUUUGAUGCCUCUAUCGUUGAAUUGUGGUGUUUGUUAUGUUUGAAAGCUCGUUGAUGUUGUUGUGUUUGUUGGUUGUUUUGUACGUCACCAUAAUGAACUGCUCUGUGCUUUUCUUCUCUUUGUUUUUUCUUUUGCCCUUUGAU